GCUGGCUAUAAUUACUUCACCAGAAUGUGCAACACGGAUCUAUCUCCCCCCUUCCCCACGACCCCCUGCACGCCCCCCUGCACCCAACUCUUCCCCCUUCCCCUUGUCUCCAUCCCCCCCUGCCAGGCCAAGGGGGGAGGCACCAAAAGACACAGGGUUGGCUACAGGCGGUGGUGUUCCUGUGUUCAGUUCACGCCAGAUGCUGUGAGUCCCUUGGUGCUGUGUGUAGGCCCAGGAAGCCGUGUGUAGGCCGUGCGGGGAGUGCAGUGUGCAGGCUGUGAUGUGACGCGUGGAGUGCCGAGUGCCGGGCUGUGAACCUACAACGGGCCGUGACGAACCGGGAGCGAACCGUGGACCGCCUUAGGGGCACGGCAGGGCAGGACUGUGAACCCGCCCUGUUUGUGGGACGCCGAGAACAGCAGCAAGAUCCGAGAACCAACACUCCAGGGGCACCUCAGGGGAGUACUCGGACCCUCACUGAUUCCCCCCGAGAGCCAUCACCACGGGGGGAGACGGUGUGAGGGGUGAGGACCGGGGGCAUGCAUCGACCACACGGCCCCCCCGGUACCCCUGACACCUAGGGCGGGGUGUUAUACUAGAGAAAACUGUGUGUAUACUGGACGAAGCCUUCACAACAUGGACACGUGAUAGGUCCCAAGGGAAUAGCGACUGAGGAACACUGAGGCCGGGGGGAGGGGGGCGGGGGUCAUACGAGGCGCAGAGCUGGUGGACGACGUGGGGGGGACGGGGGGGCCACGGGGGGACGCCAUGACGGUAUCUUACCAAUAUGACGUAGCCUCCUCGACUUCUGGAGGGUUCACGCGGCUGCUCUUCAAGUGGAAAGGCUCCCUGUACAAGCUCAUCUACAAGGAACUGGCCCUCUUCUCCCUCGCCUUCGCCGGCAUGAGCGCCAUCUACAGGUUCGUCUUCAACCAGGAGCAGAAGAGGGAGUUCGAGAAGGUGGCGCUGUACUGCGACACCUACAUGAGCUACAUCCCUCUGUCCUUCAUCCUCGGCUUCUACGUGAGCUUCGUGGCCUCGAGGUGGUGGCAGCAGUACAUGGCGAUACCCUGGCCGGACAAACUCAUCCACGCCAUCGCCCUGCACGUCACUGGCUACGAUGAGAAGGGCCGGAUGAUGAGGCGCACCCUUGCCCGUUACAUCAACCUGUCCCUCGUCCUCAUCCUGCGAUCCAUCUCCUCGCCCCUCAAGAAGCGCUUCCCGACCCUGGACCAUCUGGUGGAGGCCGGGUUCAUGACGUCCACGGAGCUGGGGAUCUACAAGCUGGUGCCUAACAAGGAGUUCAACACCUACUGGGUCCCCUGCACCUGGUUCACGGCGCUGCUCAAGGAUAUCAAGUCGCAGAAGAGGAUUCCCGACCCUUUAGGCGUCAAACACAUCAUGGAGGAGUUCAAUGAGUUCAGACAAAAGUGCGGUCUGCUGUGGAGUUAUGACUGGGUCUCAAUCCCGCUUGUAUAUACUCAGGUGGUGACUAUAGCAACCUACGCCUUCUUCAUCGCGGCCAUAGUGGGGAGGCAGUUCUUCGAGGACUCCAAGGUGCAGCACAAGAAGAAAGUCGAUCUCUACAUCCCGUUCUUCACCAUCCUACAGUUCUUCUUCUACAUGGGCCUGCUCAAGGUGGCCGAGCAGCUGAUUAACCCUUUCGGUGAUGACGAUGAGGAUUUUGAACUGAACUGGAUUAUAGACCGACAUAUGAAGGUGUCCUAUCUCAUCGUGGACACUUUACUGCUGAGGACGCCGCCCCUGGUGAAGGAUAUUUUCUAUGAUGACGAGAGUCCUAUACUGCCCUACACGGAGGCUUCGGCAGAGUUCAAAAAAAGGACAUAUCGAGGCUCUGUGGCUAACAUGGUCGUGCCUGAGGAGAAGCAAAACCUUAUCCUCCCUGACAUUCUGGAGGAGGGGGAGGAGGACGUGGGCCCCUACACCCCCCUCGCCUCCCUCCAGCCGUCAGUCAGAUCCUCCACCGUGAAUCUGGGAGGCUGGUGGAGAAAAAUGGCCAAGUCCUUCUCCCUCUCCCUGGAUCUGAGCGGCGGCGGAGGCGGUGGUGGCGGCGGCCGAGGAGACGGGGAUGGCGGGGGGCGCAGCGCGUCUCCUCGGACCCCAGAUCGAGCCCCACGGGACCGACCUCUAACCUUCCGUGUCCCUCCAGGUGCUCAGGAGGAGGAAGACAGAGGAGGAGGAGGAGGAGGAGGAGGAGGAGGAGGAGGAGGAGGAGGAGGCGCGGGUGAGUCGCCGCUGCUCACUCUUCCGCUGAUCACAACUUCCUUCGGCUGCUUGCAAGGUGGUGGUGGUGGCGGCGGCGGCGGCGGGGCGGUGGUGAAGGAGCAGCGCAGCUUGAGCGUGCCUGAGGACGGCGCGGCGCUCCCUGUGGCCGCGGCGGGGGGCUCCUCCUCCUCGCCGCUCUCUGCACGCCGCGACAGUAACAAGUCCCUGCCGGUGUCCCGCUCUUCCUCCUCCAGGCGCUCAGGACCUGCAGGUAUUAUUGGGGGUGGCAGCAUCGGCGGCAUCGGCAGCGCUCUGGUGGCUGCUGGCGUGCAUCAAGGCUUCCUGGCGACGGACCCGGAGCGGCUGAGUCUGGCCUCGGCACCCGCCUCCACCACGCCCACCACGUCCACGCCCCCCGGCGAGGAGGCGGACGACCGGAGGUGGGGGCGCAGCGGCUCGGUGAUACUGGAGGUGGGCUGCGACGGGGACGCCGCCCCCCGCUCCUCGGCCCCCUCCAGGCUGGCGGCGUCCCUCAAGGCGCGCCUCGCCGUGCGCCGCCGCCCCGUGGUCACGUGGCGCCCAUACCCGCGCCCGCCCGCGCCUGCGCCGCCCGCCGUGCCGUUGCCUGAAGUGCUGCUGGAGGAGGUGCGCGCGGGGCUGCCGGCGGGCACCGCGUUGCCGCCGGGGCUGUUCGAGGACGAGUGCGCCUUCAUGUGGCGCACCAUCGAGGAGGACGGCGAGCCGCCGCCCACGCCCAUCAUGGCCUGGGACCUGCCGCCGCCCCCCAGCCCGCCCCGGCCCGCGCGGCCCCCCCGCAUGCCCCGCUUCCUGGGGCAGAGCCCGCCGCUCCUGGAGGUGCCGCGUCCCCGCGUGCUGGUGCGCCGCCCCUCGUUCUCCCGCCGCCGCAUGCCGCCACACUACCGCCGCCGCUGCCUCACGUGCUCGCUGCCGAUGCUGCCGUCGCGGCCCCGGCCCCGCCCCGCCUUUGUCAAGCUCACCAGGACCGUCAGCUGCCCCGCGCUCUUCGCCAGGAACCCCGCCGCCCCCUGCACCCCCGCGCCCCAGCUCACGCCGCUCAGCAGCCAGGACUCCCUCUCCAGACCUUGGCCCCGAAUGGACUCCCGCUGAGCCCCGCCCCGCCCCGCCCCGCGGCGGCCUCUCACCCCAGUCCGUGGCACGCGGCGGCGCCACGCCCCGCCCGUGACGCGCGGCACAGCGGCGCGGCGCCCCCCGCGGCACCCUCCCUGCGCUCAGCACAGCGGCACAGCCCCGCCCCGCCCCGCCAUGAUGGGGCCUAGGGGCCGGGGCUGAAGACCCUAACUACCAUUACUAGUACUACUACUACUACGAUAAGGCAACCACCACCAGCACGGUGACAACACCCCGCCCCGACAUUCCCUGCGUGACCCUCCACACACACCACACACACCGCCCUCAUCACCACCAUCAUCACCUCCAGCACCAGCACCAGCACCAGCAGCACCACCAGCAGCACCACCAGCACCAGCAGCAACAACAAGAAAAGCGGCAGCAGCAAUACCAGCCCCAGGCUUCCUUGUAUAAAGCCCCAACACUAGGCCCCGACAGUAGCCCCCAACCCUGACCCCCCACCCCCGCCCCUCACCUUCACACCCCUCACUCAUGCGCCACUCACCCCAACACUCUCACCACACAUACCAUCACCCCCUCGCCCCAUACUCACCCCUCAUCGCCCCCCCCUCACACCCUCACCCCAUCCGUCCCUCGUCCGUGUUCCGUUCCGACGAUCGCGACAUUCCAACUUUUAUCUUUUUCUCGUUCGUGGGAAGUUGACGACUUUUUUUGGUCAUGUUGAUGAUAAUAAAAACUGCACGAGACGA